GUAACUGACUGGUUAGAGCGUCUGCCUCACAGUUCUGAGGACUGGAGUUCAAAUCCCGGCCCCACCUGUGUCGAGUUUGCAUGUUCUCCAUGUGCGUUUUUUCCGGGCACUCCACUGUCGUCCAAGAACAUCCAUUAAUUGGAGGUUCUAAAUUGCCCUCAAGUGUGGUUUUUUCUUUUAUUGUCACCUUUAGGGAGGCAAACAAACAACACGUGCGUUGUCAGAAGUGUUUGGAAAUGGGACACUGGACGUACGAAUGCACCGGGAAGCGUAAAUAUGUGCACAGACCCUCGAGGACAGUUGAGAUGAAGAAAAUGAUGAAGGAAGCCGAGAAUCAACAGAGGAGUUUCAGUGGACCAGGACAACAAAGCCCCAGCGAGAAGAAAACUAAGAAGGGUAAAGACUCAAGCGGGAGCAGCGACGUUACAGGCAGCUCAUCCAGUGACUCAUCUUCAGACGGCAGCGACUCCUCCAGCUCAUCUUUGGACAAUGACACCAGCAGCAGCAGUGACAGCGACGACGACGAAAGCUCAUCCACCUCUUCCUCCUCCUCAUCGUCAGCGUCAUCCACAGAUAGCUCAGGCUCUGGAAGCAGCAGCGAUUCAGAUCAGGGACCUCCCAAGAAGAAGAAGAAGAAGAAAUGAGCAUGAGAUGGCUAUAAUACUGUUUAGUUGAGUUUUUUUUCUUAACCAGUUUACAUUCCUACAUUUCGUCUGUGCUGUUGAGAGGAAAAACUGCUUGUACAGUGUGUUUUCUUUUUCUUCUUUUUUCAAUAUAAAUUCACAAAGAAUAAUAAAAGUUUGUUUGUUGGUCCUGCUCAGGGUAGCUUUGAGAUA